CAGCCCGCACUCAAAAUGGCGCCGCCCACACUUUACCGCACUGCGCAUGCUCUGUUUGCCAUUGACCAAUCAGAAGCCGCGCUUUCGGCGGGAACGCCCCCUUUGCCCUCAAGCCCCGCCCUUCUUCCCCGUUCCCUCACGGAGGCCGCCAUGAUGGCGGCGGCGACCCCGCGGCUGCUCCGGGCCCUCAGGGCUCAGAGGUUUCGGGGUCCCGUUUGGUGCUGCGGGGUCGUGAGGGGGGCGGCGAGCGGAGCGGGGCAGGCCCCUCCCUUUUCCUCCCUCCCCCCCAAAACCCCCGAAAACCCCGAAAUUUUGGGACAAAACCCCGAAAUUUUGGGACAAAACCCCGAAAUUUUAGGAAAAAAUUCUGAAAUUUCCUCAAAUUCCACCCAAAUUUUGGGUGAAAACCCUGAAAUUUUGGGAAAAAACCCCGAAAUUUUGGGAAAAAACCCUGAAAUUUUGGGAAAUAACCCCGAAAUUUUGGGAAAAAAUUCUGAAUUUUUAGGAAAAAACCCCGAAAUUUCGUCGAAUUCUUCCGGAAUUUUGGGUGAAAAUCCCGGAAUUUUGGGGGAAAAUGGGGGAAUUUUGGGGGAAAUUCCGGGAAUUUUGGGAGAGCCGCGAUUGGUGGAUUUGGGGCUGGGAGGCUCCACCCCCGUGGGAAUGAUCCAGAACCUUCUGGAACGGCUGCACCUCGACCUGGGGCUGCCCUGGUGGGGAGCCAUCGCUGCAGGCACGGUGGGCGCGCGGCUGCUGCUCCUGCCCCUGGUUCUCCGAGGUCAGCGCGAGGCCGCCCGGCUCUCCCGGCACCUCCCCCACCUCCAGCGCCUCUCGCGCCGAUUGGCCGAGGCCCGCAGGGGGGCGGACCCCAACCAGGUGGCCGUGGCCUACGCGGAGCUGGCGGCGUUCCAGCGCCGGCACGACGUGAAUCCGCUCCGGGGUUUCCUGGUGCCCCUGGUGCAGACCCCCCUUUUUGUGUCGUUUUUCCUGGCCCUGCAGGGGAUGGCGGCGGCGCCGGUGCCGGGGUUCCGCRGGGGGGGGCUCCUUUGGUUCCCGGAUUUGGCCUCUCCCGACCCCCUCCAUCUCCUCCCUCUGCUCGUCACCGCCUCCACAUGGCUCGUGCUCGAGCUGGGGGCGGAGACGGGCGUGGCCGCGCCGGGGGCGGGGCCUGUGCGGCAAAUCCUGAGGCUCCUCCCACUCGUGUUCCUGCCCUUCAUCUUCCACUUCCCCACCGCGGUGUUCACCUAUUGGCUGACGUCGAACAGCUUCAGCCUAUUGCAGACCGGGCUGCUCCGAGUCCCCGCCCUCCGCGCCAAACUGGGCGUGGCCCCGCCCCCGACUCCGCCCCCGGCCCCGCCCACCGGCCCCGCCCCCGCCCGGGGAAAGGCGGGAAUCCUGAGGCGGCUGAAGGAGGGUGAGGAAAAAAUGGGGAAAAAUGGGGAAAAAUGGGAAAUUUUGGGAAAAUUUUGGGAUUUUUUUUGGAAUUUCAGGAAAAUUUGGGGAAUUUGGGGGGAAUUUUGGAAAAUUUGCAGAAAAAUUUGGGGUUUUGGGGGAAAAAUUCCGGAAAUUUGAGGGAAAAAAUUGGGA